ACAUAGUCCACGUGCAAUUUUCUCCAUAUUAAUUGAUUUUCCGAACAUAAUUAGCGGAGGGAGGCGGUUGUUCAUGUGGCCUGGCUCCUCAAACUCUAAACAAUAAUAACUUUGGAAAUACAGCUCGGGUUAGUCCUCCAUCGCCGCUGCGCACUGAGAGGCGGAUAAAACGCACCUGUUGCGCCAGGAUCUUGAUCGGACGGAAAGCGUUUAGUCAACUAGCUACACUACUUGACGUAUGGACACAUGUUUAACUUAAGAGGAGUUAAUAAUAUGCCGAUUUUGUUUUUCCUUUUUGGUAUGGUCUUUGUCACAGUCCAGAGCAGGAGGACCUGCAGCCGCCAGAGGGAUCCGAUUUCUUUCACUUCACUUUAAAAAAAAAAUGUUAUAGCCUAUAUAAUACCCCGCCACAACAGUGUGCCAAUUCUCCUAUCAGAAGACUUCUUCCUGAUCAAAGCACACAAAUGGCAUUCAUUUAUUCGAUCAUCAUCCUCCAGUACUCUUAAAGUCAAACGUUUUCUCAAUAGAAGAAGUGGAUUUACUUUCCUCUCUCAUCAGAAGCGUCACAGAGCUGAGAUGAAAUCAAAAGGGAAGGCGCUCAUUGUCCUGCUGUGUGUGACUACUAUCUGUGUGUCUUGGAGAGGAUAUAUGUCAUGCACCCUGCCUCAGAAUAAAAGCCCCUGUGCUUGUGAGCGAUGUUUAUCUGAAGAUGAUCCGUGGUUUAUGAAGCGUUUCAACAAAUCUGUUGAACCAUUUUUGUCAGCAAACUACAAUCUCUCAGAGGACGCUUUCAACUGGUGGAAGCGCUUACAGCAUGAAAAGGGCAACUUGAGUACCUUCAGAGAAACAGUGGAGAGGAUGUUUCUGACGGUCCCACCCAGUCCAGAUGUUCUAGAAUCCAGCCCCGACCGCUGCAGGACUUGUGCUGUGGUGGGGAAUUCUGGUAAUUUGAGGAGAUCACAUUAUGGAUCUCUCAUAGAUUUCCAUGACGUCAUCAUAAGAAUGAACGCUGGUCAUACCAAAGGCUAUGAAGCAGAUGUUGGGACCAGAACAACUCAUCGUGUCAUGUAUCCAGAGAGUUCUGUGGAUUUAGAUAACACCACUCAUCUUGUGCUGGCUCCAUUUAAGAUACAGGAUCUUGAGUGGCUCACAAAGGCCCUAACCACAGGAUUCAAAGGACGAUCAUAUGCACCAAUAAAAUCAAAAAUCAAAUCUAAUAUGGAUUUGGUGAUGGUCCUCAAUCCAGCUUUUAUGAGGUAUGUUCAUGACAUGUGGCUGGAAAAGAAGGGCAGGUAUCCCUCCACUGGCUUUAUUGCUUUGGUUCUUGCCCUGCAUAUGUGUGAUGAGGUCAGUGUGUUUGGUUAUGGAGCAGACAGUGAUGGAAACUGGAGUCAUUACUGGGAAAAACUCAGAAACAAAAAGUUAAAAACUGGAUCACAUCCUGGAGAUACCGAGUAUAGAAUGAUCCAGGAGCUAGAUGAGCAACAGAAACUCAAGUUUUAUACAGGGUUCUGAUGUUUCUCAGCAUUUAAAGGAAGGUUAGUCAUAGGUAGCAGUAGAAGUAGAAGAAAA